GUGUUGGCUUUAGGAGUUUCGAAAUAGAAGUAAAUCUACAUGGGAAUUAACCUUAGUUUCUGCCAUAAAUUUGACAGUUAACGGAACUAGGAGCAUAUCUAUCUAUUCAGGUUGAAUGCAAGAUUCAAUAAGGAUUUCAAGUUGACCAUAUGCGACAACUGGGGAUGAGUAAUGCGAGCGACAAGGACUUGGAGUUCGCUGAUCCGAAAGAGGAGGCCGCGUACUGGAAAAGACUUGCUCAAGAAUACGAACAAAAAUGGUUAGAAGCAAGAGAAGAACUGGAUGAAUUUCAGGAAGGUAGUCGUGAGCUGGAAGCGGAGCUUGAAACACAGUUAGAACAAGCUGAAUCUCGACAACGAGAAUUAUUAGCAUCUAAAGCUAGACUAGAAGCCGAAAAUGAGAGCAUAAAGGAAAAACUAGAAGCAGGGCAAAAUGAAGCUUAUUUAACAGUUACUGCACUCCAGGACGAAACAGCUCAACUUCGGGCAGUGAAAGAAGAACUGCAAAAAUACGUUCGGGAAUUAGAGCAAGCGAAUGACGAUCUAGAACGAGCGAAAAGAGCAACUGUAUGUUCACUAGAAGACUUUGAACAUCGACUAAAUCAAGCAAUAGAAAGAAAUGCAAUUUUAGAAAAUGAAUUGGAUGAAAAGGAAACAUUACAAGAGACUGUACAGAGAUUAAAAGAUGAAGCUAGAGAUCUCAGACAAGAGCUUCAUGUUAGACAAUUAGAGAAGAAAAAACCAGAAGAAUUUAAUAAUAAAGAAAAUAAAGAACCAGAAAAAUUAUCAACUCCUGUUAAAAAAGAAACUGAAACCACUUCAAAUCAAAUAACACAUUCAAUUGGUACCUCCCCCUUACACACAGCUUAUGGCACCUCCCCCCUGACUCCYUCUGCAAGGAUAUCAGCUCUAAAUAUUGUUGGUGACUUAUUAAGAAAAGUUGGGGCCUUGGAGUCUAAACUAGCAUCUUGCAGAAACUUUGUUAAAGAGCAGCCUCACACUAUGAGAGGCUCAACAGCAUCCAGCAGCCCAGCAGAUUCACCAAGAACGAGUCGAGUUGGAAGAGCCAACUACUCAAGUACAGCUAUGCAAGGCUUGGUGAAAAUUCAAGUUUAGUCAAAAUGACUCAAUUUUAACUAUAUAAUAAUUAUAUAUAAUAGAUAUUUGUUAAUAGGCAUGCAUGUUUUUAUGUAGGAUCCAGGUUACAAACUACUAUGAUGAUACUGUGAAAAUCCUUGUAUGGCAACUAUCAAUUUGAAACUUGCAAAUAAUCUGCUUUCUUCAGGGUAGCUUUGUUUUCCAUUUCUGGUGUCAUCUUGUUUUCUUCUUGUAAUCUUUCCAUGGUUCAACAGAAGACAUCAAGGAUUGUUCUUGAGUGUUGGCCUUCUUGUUAUUGACUAACAAAACAAUCUUAAUUUGCAAUGAAAAUACGGAAAAUUAUUGUUUGUAAUUCAAGGGUUUUCACAGUCAUGAAUCUGGGUCAUGGUUCCAGGUUUCUCACCCCAUCAGCAUUCAUACAUGCUACCGCUUGACUCUUGAUGGUAACUUGUAUGAUUGACAUUUCCCUAUCACCAUAGUUACCAGCAGCAGGUACGUACGACAUGUGAACUUUACUUUUCAACAAGAUCUSUGAUCUUUCAGCUCUAUUGAUAAAGCACGAAGACUGGAACUAAMUUAUAAAGAAAUGCCAUCUUUUUGUAAUGAAUUAAAAUUUUUAUCAAGUUAUUAUUUCACUGGAUUUGAGGGAAUGAGACUAUAUCCUGCUGACUUACAUGUAACUGAUUUCAGAUUGAAGGCAAAGGAUAUUUUUUAGACAACUUCUUUUGCUUUCAGUGGAUGUUUGUAACCAUGGGGAUGUUUGUUCAGUUUUUAUAUAGCAUGCAUAGAUUAUAAAGGCUGCUGAGAUGGAAGUAUUUAGUUGAAUGCAAAGAGAGAAUGUACAGAUAUUUUGUAUGAUCAUUUUAAUGUAAAAUAAUUGCAGAGCAUAAUAAAGAGCCUUAUAACAAAGCCAUUAAAUGAUUCMUUCAUGGCUUUGCAUUUUCGUAAUUAAAAUAUUUAAAAAAGUUGGUAAAAAGAGCUCAUUAACUGACGAUUAUGAAGUAUUUCAGAAAGAGUGUAGCCUGUCCUUUGAUGACUUACACAGAAUCAAUAAAAUGUUUUAUAUUGUGGAUAGUGAUGCUUUAAGAGAUGCCUAAAAUUUCGGGAAACAAAUCCGUGAAACAAAACUAUUGAUAGUAAUUCGUUUACAUGUUGUUUCACGGGUGUGAGUUCAUUUAGGAAUAUCCUUUCGAAUACGCUAAUCAAACUAUACAAUUUGUUUCACGGAUUUAUAACGUUACACUCAAACCUUGAACUUCUUAUGUUGGGAUAUAAGGACAGGCUACUACGCAUUUAUUCUUACCAAUGAAUAUAACCCUAUAUUUAUAAUAGCUCAACUUCCAGUCGAUGAUCUGGAGGUAAUAAACUUAAUUCGAUCCGUAA